GCCCGGAUGUUACCAGGGCUGCCAUAGCAGCGCUGGGGUGCUGCCAGCCACCGCGCAGGUUAGCCAGCAGUUGGAUUCACAUAAUUGGAGGGCAUCUGCAGUGCUUUGCACUUGGGACUGCUGCUCUAAGGACCUUUGUUCCUGCAGAAGGAUGGCUGCAAAGAAAAAGGAGGUAGUACUGCAGGUUAACAUCAAUAGCCAGGAGCUUUGGGAAGAAAUGCUGUGUCUCAAAGGACUCAUUGUUGUUGAUGCGUUUCAAGCCUGGUGUGGUCCAUGCAAAACAGUAGUGGAUCUUUUCCGAAAAGUAAGGAAUGAAGUUGGCAGUGAUCUCCUGCAUUUUGCUGUGGCUGAAGUUGAUUCCAUUGAUGCUCUGAAAAAAUACAGAGGAAAAUGCAAGCCUGUCUUUCUGUUCUAUGCAGGAGGAGAAUUAGUAGCUAUUGUAAGAGGAGUGAAUGCACCAUUGCUGCAGAAGACCAUCCUGGAACAGCUGGCAGUGGAAAGGAAGGCUUUAGAACAUGGAGGAAAGUGUGUGGUGGUACAAGACAGAGCCUUCUCCAGAGAGGAGGGAUACAUAGCUGCUCUUCAGGAAUAACAACAGGAAGGCCAAAUAGGCUAACGCCCCCGUCGGUCCCGGGCCCGAUUUCCCAGCCGUCGUCGUGGAGCGGACGCGGGAUUCCCCAUUAAAUAAAAGGAUUUCGUGCGGCAGCACCGCCG